CCUCCAUUCAUUGUAUUCUGCUGCUUCGGACGAGCGAGUGUCGAGAUUCGUCAGACGCGUGUCGAUUUGUUGUCUUGUGAGAAAUUUUCGAUCAUUCCGAUUCAGUUAUUUGAUUAUUCUGGCAAAUUGGACUAUAUUCGAUCAACAUGGACUACAAUAAAAUGAAAGUGAACGACCUGAAGGCGGAAUUGGCCGCCCGCAACUUGGACACGAAAGGCGUGAAGGCGGUCUUGGUGGAGCGUCUCAAAGAAGCCAUCGAAAGUGAAAACAGUGGAAGUCCUGCUGAUUCCACACCAUCCGUUGCAGCUGCAAAAAAGUUGGAUGUCGGUACACCUGGUCAAUCUACACCAGUUCGCCGAAGUCGACGUCGUUCAAUGACUAGGUCUCCGUCCCCCACAAGAACUGAAGUAACUCCAUUGGAGAGCGUAAGCGAAGAGGCGGAACAAGCGGAAUCGGAAGAAUCGACCGAUCCAUCGAGCGCCCGCAAAAAGCGUCGGACCAGGUCCAUCACCAAAUCACCAUCUCCGGCAAGAUCAGUGGAAGUGAAACAUUUGGAAGUGUUGGAGGAAGAGCUUGAUGUUGCGAACAAAAAUGCGGAACCAGUAACACCGAAGAAACAGGCUGUGGCCGACACUAAUACGGAAAAGAAUCAAGUGACACCGAAAACAGAAACUACACCGACCAAACAAGUAGUCACUCCGGGGGUCACUCCUGUGAAGACAACUCCAACACCAAAGCAAUCCGGGACACCGCAAAGUGCGACAAAACCUGCCGUAACACCAGUGAAAGCCACCAAUGCUCAGCCAACUGGCCAAGUGACUCCCAAGAAAUCAUCUUCCGAAACAACACAGCCUGAUACACCUAAAGAUUCCAAAACACCUGCUAAGGAUGAUGCCGUUAAGACAGAAGAGACUGACACAAAAGAAGAAACAACAACUGACGACCAAAACGCGGAUGAAGCCUCCAAAGCGGUAAAACGCAAAUCUUCAUCACCGGUAAAGGAAACACCCACUAAAACUCCUCGUGUUAAACCGGCACAAACUAAUAUAGAGUUCGAAUCGGAGGAGAAUGAACCAGAAAUCGAUAACAGCAAAGUUUUGCUUAGCUGGUUUGAUUCAGAUUUGAAUUUGGAGAUCGAUCCAAAAACGUUCGAUACAGCAAAGCCUAUCUCUGAUGGGGCGUUGGCCCUAUUGUGGGCAGGCGUACGCGCCAAUAUGGGCGUCAAAAAGGGAAAGGUAGCUUUUGAGGUUAUCUUGACGAAGACCAACGAGAUGCGUAAGGUUACAGAAGAGCCUGUAACCUCAGAGUUUCGUGUCGGAUGGUCAACUGCGGACGCGAAUCUACAGCUUGGAGAAGCCAAGCAUUCCUUCGCUUAUGCCAGUACGGCAUCGAAGGGAACGGACAGCAAGUUUUCCGAAUAUGGUACGGAAUACAAGCUCAACGAUGUUGUCGGGGUAUACUUGGAUCUAGAAUCGAGCCCGUGCAAAAUCGAGUACACCGUCAACAACGUCAGCCAAGGAACGGCUUUCGAAUUCGAUAAAGCCGAAUUGGAGGGAAAGGCUCUGUUUCCACAUAUCUGCACGAGAAAUUUUGCCUUCAAGGUCAAUUUUGGACAACUGGAACGAAGUCCGCUCAACGAUAGACCAAAAACCAAGAAGCAGAAGAAGGAUGCCAAGAAACUUGAAAAACAAGCUGACGCACCGAAGGAAGGCGAGGUCAAGGCAGCGGAAACCGAUAAAACAACAGAAGCAGAGCCACAGGCAGACACUGAAAAGGUAACGGAAACGGAAAAACCAGAAGAAGGUAAUAAGGUUGCAGAACCAGUAGCAACAGAAGCAUCUAAAGAUGACGAAAAGGAUGACGAAAAGGAGAAUCAGAAAGAAGAGGAAGCUGCUGAGCCUGAACUACUGACCAUCAACCCAGAGUACAUAUACGUGGCACAUGCUCCAAAAGAAGAUCUGGUGCUCGGCGCUUGCCGUCCCGAGAGUCGUAAGGAUUGUGAGCUCAUAUUCCUCAUCGGAAUGCCAGCCAGCGGCAAGACACAUUGGGUUACAAACUAUCUCAAGGAAAAUCCAGACAAGAAGAUAACUGUGCUAAGUGUCCACACAUUGUUGGAUCAAAUGAAGCUUGCCGGCGAACCCAGAAAACCGGAAAAUACGAAGAAAUGGUCAAGACUCGUAGACCAGCUUUCAAAAAGCCUGCACAAACUGAGCGACGUCGCUUGCAAGCGAAGAAGGAACUACAUAUUUGAUCAGACCAACGUUUUUCCGUCUGAGCAAAAGCGCAAACUCCGAGGGUUUGGAGAAUUCGGCGCCAGAAAAGCCGUUAUUGUUGUUCCCGACGAAGAAGAGCACGAGCGCCGUAUCAAGUUGAAGAAUGAAGUUUUUGGCGCCGAAGUAACCGAUUCGCAUCUAACUGUAAUGAAAGCACAUUUCCACGUUCCUCCCAAGGAUUUGAACUGGUUUACCGAGGUCACGUAUACGGACUUGGAUGCAGAGAAGGCAACUGAGAGAGCAAAAGCGCUCAACGAGGUGGGUCAAAAGGCACUGCCCCGACCGCUCUUCAACAGGAACCAACCGCAGCGACGAGGAGCCAACAACAACCAGAGAUGGAAUCAGGGCAACAAACGGUACAGUGGCGUCCAACAGUAUCAUCAAGGUGGAUACAACCCACAGCAACAGCGGUACAACAGCACACAACAGUAUUCUCAGAACAGGAACUACCGAGGCGCAUAUGGAAGGCCAAAUGCAGGAGGUUACACUGGCGGCCGCUACGGCAGUAAUAACGACUGGACGCGCGGACGUUAUGAUAAUCGCUACAACAACCGAGGAUAUCAAAGCAAUCAAGCGCAACGAUAUGGAAACACCUACAACAGGGGAUACAACAGCGGAUCUACCUGGAAUCAACAGAACGCCAACUGCUGGAGUUAUGGAGGAAACCAAGGGGAUGAUUCUCAGCAAUGGUACUCCUGGUGGCAGUCAAAUCUCAAAAACUUAUUGCAGCAGCAAGGAGGCGGAAGCGGCGACUAUUCGCAGUAUGCACAGCAACCAAGCUAUGGAAACUACCAGCAUCCUAAGUCCCAAGGAUCGGGAUCGUCGUUCAGGAAUAAGUAAAGGUAUUACUUAACAGAAACCUUUCUUAAUUUAUAAGUGACUUUUUAUGAACUUUCUCACACAAAAGCGGCACUAUCUUCCAUAAAAAAUCACAAAUACUCUACCAUUUGUUAUAAGCAUGAUUUGAUUCCGUUCAAUGCACUGCAUAUAAGCUAUCAUAAAUAACAUAAUUGACAAAACUACGAAUAGGUACUUUUAUCUUGCAUAUAAGACAGACAAAUAAGUACAAUUUGACUGCGUUUUAUAUUCUGACAGUGAAUUGCAGUUGUGAGAAGAAGGUUUUAGAUAUAGAUUUUGCUUACUAUUAUCUGUAAAAUUAAACUAAGAUAUAUACUUUGUAUUUAACAUAUGUUAAUGAGCUCAAUACUUUAUUGAGACAACCAUGAAUGUUGGAUUGGAAUUUCAUUCACGCAAGAGCAAUUCAAAAUAAUAUACUGUGUUAUACUGCAUAAUUUGAUGGGGGAUGCGUUGGAAUAUUUUCUUUCCAUAAUGUACUGACAGUAUAAGUUAUGCUAUUUUUUAUAAUCUUAUUGACGUUUAAUUUGUUUAUUGCAAAUUCUUUAGUUAUGACAUGUAAAUUUCGUUCACUUAUGUUUAUUGCUUUACUUUUUAUGUUUGACUUUAUGGCUAAGCAUUUAAGAGAAACACAUAGUUAUAUAAAUUAGUAAAUAUAGAUUUAACUUGUAAGGAUUGAAAACGACAGCGUUGAUUGCGUCACAAUUAAAGAAAAAUAUACUGAUGUCUAAA